AUGGAAAUAGAAAAUCCUCGUCGAAUCCUCGCUGUUAGUCAACCUGAAGACGGCUUACUUGACUUUGUCGAAGGUCUUACCGGUUCACGACCUCCCCUCAAUAAUGACUCAGUAGCUGGUACUUCUCAUGACUGGGCUAUCAAAACAAGUUACUAUACCACAACAAUACCCAUUUGGCUAGAUGAAAUCACCUCACCGUCGAGCUGGUCUACAGAAUUUCUCAUACCCGAGGCCAAAGAAGUUCUUCAAGCCCUAGGCGCCUUUGUUGUCUGCUUCAGAAAACCUCUUGACCAGCCAAGCUUCGAUCAAAUCAGGUCCCUCUUGAAGCAUGUAAGUGAGGUUGCUAAAGAAGGCUGCGGGCUAACUUGGGAUGGUGUUUGUCUUGCUAUUGCAAUGCCACAAUCGAACACUCCCCAACUCAGCAAGAGCUUUGAUGAUUGGGAAGGCGUUUGCCAAGAAUUUGGGUUCGAAUUUGUCGACUUCGAAAUGAAAGGACUAAAUCAAUACAUGGAGUCAACAGGUGUGAAGAGAAUUAAGGAAGCGCUUGAAUCGAACGAUUGGGAGGGUAGAGAUCAUUUGGAGAGUGCGCUACAAUUUGAAGACCUUGAUGAAGACGAAGAGAAUGAGGGUCUUGGCCUCCGUGUUGAAGCUGAUCAAAUGAAGAUCGAAAUGCUCGGACUAAAUGAGGCUAUCCACGUAGUUGAAGGAAAUUUGAAUGAAAAUGACAACACAAUCACGAAUCAUGAUGAUGAAGUUGAGAAACUUCAGGCCAUGCUUUUAAAAAUGCAAUCUGUAAGAGGGGCUGACUUGCCUUUAAUACAAAGGAAACAGCUUGCCGCAAGAACAGUAGGAGAAAUUAUGAAGAAAUUAUAA